AUGGCCCUUUCGCGGUCUCUACGACGAACAAGUCCUAUAACCUUAGUCCUCGCGGCCAUCCUAGCCAUCGGCUUCAUAUUCUUCCUCUUCGACCCGACAUCAUCAUCGACGACCAUAACCGCACGACAACGACAAGAAGAUGCAGCCUCACACCCGCUCUCCCCUCCCACGAAACCCUUCCCCAAAAAACAAGCGCAGGGACGCAAUGGCAAACAAGCGCCGCCGCCGGUGGUACACUACAAAAUGAACGAGCUUUCUACAUCGGGUUCAUCGGCCGAAAAUGGCGAGCGAGUUCUCAUCCUCACACCGAUGAUGAACUUUUAUCAGCAGUACUGGGAUAACCUAGUGAAACUCCAAUACCCGCACGAACUCAUCUCAUUGGGCUUUAUACUCCCCAAAACAAACGAAGGAAACGCCGCAACCAUCGCAUUACAAGAAGCAGUCUCAAAGACGCAGUCGGGCCCUAUCGACGAUCGAUUCGCGAGCGUGACGAUCCUGCGACAAGAUUUUGAGCCCCCGUUACAAUCACAGGACGAGAAGGAACGGCACAAAAUGGAAAACCAAAAGAAGCGCCGUGAAGCGAUGAGUCGCGCGAGGAAUAGUUUGUUGUUUACAACCUUAGGACCUUCGACAUCGUGGGUUCUGUGGCUGGAUUCGGAUAUUAUUGAGACACCACCGACGCUGAUUGAAGAUCUGACGAGUCAUAAUAAACCAGUUAUUGUGCCGAACUGCUACCAGCGAUACUUGAAUCCGGAGACGGGACAGAUGGACGUUCGGGCGUACGAUUACAAUUCCUGGAUCGAUAGUGAAACAGCGCUGCAAUUGGCGGCGGAAAUGGGCCCCAACGACAUUCUCCUCGAGGGUUACGCUGAAAUGCCCACUUACCGAAGCCUGAUGGUCUGGAUGGCCUCAGAAAACCCAGAAGAUGCCGACCCUCACACUGAAGUGGAAUUAGAUGGUGUUGGUGGGACAGCGUUGAUGGUGAAGGCUGAUGUGCAUCGUGAUGGUGCCAUGUUCCCGCCAUUCCCGUUUUAUCAUAUGCUUGAAACGGAAGGGUUUGCGAAGAUGGCGAAACGGUUGGGAUAUACUUGUUGGGGGUUACCUGAUUAUUUUGUGUACCAUUAUAACGAGUGA